UGUUUCAUGACAGAUCAGAAUAUAGAACUCUCCAGGAAGAAGGCAGGAGGAGGUGUAUGUUUCAUGACAGAUCAGAAUAUAGAACUCUCCAGGAAGAAGGCAGGAGGAGGUGUAUGUUUCAUGACAGAUCAGAAUAUAGAACUCUCCAGGAAGAAGGCAGGAGGAGGUGUAUGUUUCAUGACAGAUCAGAAUAUAGAACUCUCCAGGAAGAAGGCAGGAGGAGGUGUAUGUUUCAUGACAGAUCAGAAUAUAGAACUCUCCAGGAAGAAGGCAGGAGGAGGUGUAUGUUUCAUGACAGAUCAGAAUAUAGAACUCUCCAGGAAGAAGGCAGGAGGAGGUGUAUGUUUCAUGACAGAUCAGAAUAUAGAACUCUCCAGGAAGAAGGCAGGAGGAGGUGUAUGUUUCAUGACAGAUCAGAAUAUAGAACUCUCCAGGAAGAAGGCAGGAGGAGGUGUAUGUUUCAUGACAGAUCAGAAUAUAGAACUCUCCAGGAAGAAGGCAGGAGGAGGUGUAUGUUUCAUGACAGAUCAGAAUAUAGAACUCUCCAGGAAGAAGGCAGGAGGAGGUGUAUGUUUCAUGACAGAUCAGAAUAUAGAACUCUCCAGGAAGAAGGCAGGAGGAGGUGUAUGUUUCAUGACAGAUCAGAAUAUAGAACUCUCCAGGAAGAAGGCAGGAGGAGGUGUAUGUUUCAUGACAGAUCAGAAUAUAGAACUCUCCAGGAAGAAGGCAGGAGGAGGUGUAUGUUUCAUGACAGAUCAGAAUAUAGAACUCUCCAGGAAGAAGGCAGGAGGAGGUGUAUGUUUCAUGACAGAUCAGAAUAUAGAACUCUCCAGGAAGAAGGCAGGAGGAGGUGUAUGUUUCAUGACAGAUCAGAAUAUAGAACUCUCCAGGAAGAAGGCAGGAGGAGGUGUAUGUUUCAUGACAGAUCAGAAUAUAGAACUCUCCAGGAAGAAGGCAGGAGGAGGUGUAUGUUUCAUGACAGAUCAGAAUAUAGAACUCUCCAGGAAGAAGGCAGGAGGAGGUAAAAUGUGA